CCUUGACCCUCCAAUCACCUCAGGGUCCCAUUUGAUUGGAAGGCGGCAAAGGCUUUAAUCUCGGACUAAUUCAGCUGCUUUUGAAAUGAAAAUUUCUCCCAGUUCGUUCUCCGGGAGCUACAGAGCGAGGAAGCAGCGGCAGCAGCGGCACCAGCAGCGGCACAGACGCACAGAAGGCGCAGCGUCCAUGGUGCAAGACGCAGCCACGGAUCUGCGAUCACCUCGCACGGUUUCCCUCCCAGCGGCCGCGCCUCGCUCCUUUACAAGCAGGAUUACCGAUUAUUGAACCUUUUUUUUUUUUUUUUUUUACGAUUCUUUCUCUCUCCCCCCCCUCCACCCCGAGAGAGAGAGAGAGAAAGAGAAAGAGAGAGAGAGACUCGGUGCUUGGUUUGGUUUUUUUUUUGUUGGUUUUCUUAAUGAAUCUGACUACAGCAUCGCCGUUUCAUUUCCUGACUAUUGGGACAUGAUCACGUCGCCCUCGACGUCCGCCCUGAAUAAUAGUGAUAUUUGUGUAGUCUGGGAACGCAGCAGCAGCCUCGGCAGCAGCAGCAGUAGUUGUCGGAAUAGCCGCGCAGCGAGCAUCAACAAGCCCUUUCUCCACUCCGCGCCUCCGUCCGAUCCACUACGGCAAGCGAAGCGACUUCCCAUCAAGGUUUUGAAAAUGCUCACGGCACGGUCGGGACACAUUUUGCACCCGGAGUAUCUGCAGCCUUUGCCUUCUACCCCGAUUAGUCCCAUAGAGCUAGAUGCCAAGAAAAGUCCGCUGGCUCUGCUGGCGCAGACCUGCUCGCAGAUCGGCAAGCCGGACCCGCCGCCCUCCUCCAAGUUGUCCUCGGUAACGUCGAAUGGAUCUAGCGAGAAGGAAUCUAAAUCCGGCCCCUUGAAAAUGAGCGACAUUGGCGUGGACGACAAAUCGAGCUUCAAGCCAUACUCCAAGCCUUCCGACAAGAAGGACUCGUCCUCGGGCGGAGACAAGUCUGGUUUCCGAGUGCCGAGCGCCACCUGUCAGCCGUUCACGCCGCGGACAGGCAGCCCCAACUCCAGCACGUCGGCCUCCCCCAUGCCGUCCGAGGGCAAGUGCGGGGACAGGGACGACAAGAAAGAGGCCGAUUGUAACAAGGGGGGCCCCGCGGACGGCUCCGGCACCACGAGCCACAGCAGGAUAAGCGUGAGCUGCGGUGGAAUUAACGUGGAGGUCAACCAGCACCAGGAGACGACGCCCGGCACCAAGACCUCCUCCUCGGAGUCCCCCUCUGUAACGUCCGUGUCCUCCGCGUCCGUUCUCGGCUCGGGACUCGUGGCGCCCGUUUCGCCGUACAAGCCCGGGCAGACGGUUUUCCCCCUGCCGCCCGCUGGCAUGACGUACCCAGGCAGCCUGGCCGGGGCCUACGCCGGCUACCCGCAACACUUCCUGCCCCACGGAGGGAGCUUGGUAAACGCGCAGCUGGCCAGUUCGCUGGGCUGCAGCAAGGCGGGAUCCAGUCCGCUGGCGGGGGCUUCUCCGCCGUCCAUCAUGUCGGCGAGCCUGUGCAGAGACCCGUACUGCCUCAGCUACCACUGCGCCAGCCACUUGGCGGGCGCGGCCAGCGCGUCCUGCACGCACGAGUCCGCGGCUGCUGCGGCGGCGGCCGCGAGCGCCCUCAAGUCCGGCUACCCGCUCAUGUACCAGACGCACCCCAUGCACGGCGUGCACCCCUCGGCGCCGACGUUUAGCGGACACCCGCUGUACCCGUACGGCUUCAUGCUCCCCAACGACCCGCUGCCCCACGUUUGCAACUGGGUGUCGGCGAAUGGACCGUGUGACAAGCGCUUCUCCUCGUCGGAGGAGCUCCUGAACCACCUGAGGACUCACACCGCUUUCACCGGGGCCGACAAGUUGAUAUCCGGCUACCCGGGCUCCUCGUCGCUGGCCAGCGCCGCCGCGGCGGCCAUGGCCUGCCACAUGCACAUGCCGCCGUCAGGAGCCCCCGGGAGCCCCGGCACUUUGGCCCUCAGGAGCCCGCACCACGCGUUAGGACUCAGCAGCCGCUACCACCCGUACUCCAAAAGCCCCCUGCAAUCCCCCGGGGCCCCCGUUCCCGUCCCCGCAGCCACCGGCCCGUACUACUCCCCCUAUGCACUGUACGGCCAGAGACUCACCACAGCGUCCGCGCUGGGAUACCAGUGAGGAGAGACUUGACUUUGAAAAGUUUAUAGUACUGAGAAUGCAAAUAUAAAGACUUUUAUAUUAACAGCGCUAACACAACAACAGGAACAACGUUAUGGGCGGGAUCCGUGGACUUCAACUGUAUUUAUUUAUAUGUCGGCUUAAAGCGGGCGAUAAUGGCUGCAAAUGGGAGAGAAAAAAAUAAUAAUAUUGGAGCAAUUCAAAAAGUGCAUUAUGUUGAAACUGAUCUCUAUAGGUAAAGUGGAAAAUAAAACACACACACACACACACAUGUUAGAGUACUAAUUCAAGUAGGGGUCUUGAUUUCGAUGUUAAUUUGAGAAAAUUGCUAUGAUUGUAUUUGUUCUUAUUUAAUGUCUCAACGAGAAGAGAAAUGAUUUCCAUGCAUGUUUGUUUCUUAAAUUUCAGAAAUUGUCCACAUUUUAAAUUUUGCCGUUAUUUUUCAGGUGUCCACCUUGGAAAGAGAAUUGGUAUUUUUUUGUAUGUAUUCUGGGAGAGAGCAAAAAAAAAAAUAAGAAACAAUUCUGUUCCAUACA